CCCUACCACGACGCGUACCCAAUAAUGCACCCAAUACGUUAGUGGAGAGCACGAACUCCGAGCGAUCCCAUUCUCUCUCCUCUCUCUCCCUCUACGCUUCUCCGAAUCCGUGGGCGCCUUCCUCCUCGAUCUCUUCGAUCCCUUUUUCCCCCUCCCCCAAUUCCUCCCUCGAUUUCGAAUCCCCCGUUCUCCGAUUAGGGCUCGGAGCGAUCGGAUCGCGAUGCCGUGAUCUGUAGAAGGGGGAAUGGAUUAGGGUUUUCCACUCCCUCACUACCUUCCACGUCGCCGCCCCCCCCCACUCCCCUGCCAUGGCCGCCGCCGCCGCCUCCGCCGCAGCCGCCGCCGGAGAGUCCUUCCCUCGGGAUCCGAGCGCUGCGGCGGCGGCGCCGCCGCCGCUGCUCCCCCUCGCCACCCUCAUCGGCCGCGAGCUCCGCGGCGGCGACCGGUCGGAGAGGCCCGCCGUCCGUUACGGGCACGCCGCGUUCGCCAAGCGCGGCGAGGACUACUUCCUCGUCAAGCCCGAUUGCCUCCGCGUCCCCGGGAACCCCUCCUCCUCCUUCUCCGUCUUCGCGAUCUUCGAUGGGCACAACGGGGUCUCCGCCGCCGUGUUCACGAAGGAGCACCUCUUGGACCACGUUCUAAGCGCGAUCCCUCAAGGGAUUAGUAGAGAGGAGUGGCUCCAAGCCCUGCCGCGUGCUCUCGUCGCUGGUUUCGUCAAGACCGACAUCGAUUUCCAGCGAAAAGGGGAAGUGUCGGGGACGACUGCGACGCUAGUCGUAAUUGAUGGGUUGACGGUGACGGUAGCUUCGGUUGGCGACUCUCGGUGCAUAUUGGAUACACAGGGAGGUCUGGUGUCUUUGCUCACUGUUGAUCAUCGGUUGGAGGAGAAUGUGGAAGAGAGGGAGAGGGUGACCGCCAGCGGAGGAGAGGUUGGAAGGCUCAAUCUUUGUGGGGGGCAGGAGGUUGGUCCACUUAGAUGCUGGCCGGGUGGAUUAUGCCUUUCUAGAUCGAUCGGAGAUACGGAUGUGGGGGAAUUCAUCGUUCCCAUACCGCAUGUUAAGCAAGUGAAGCUUUCUAGUGCUGGAGGAAGGCUUAUUAUUGCUUCCGAUGGCAUAUGGGAUGCUUUGUCAUCUGAAACGGCUGCCAAGGCUUGCCGAGGGUUGCCUGCAGAAAUUGCUGCAAAGCUUGUUGUUAAGGAAGCAUUGAGAACAAGUGGUUUGAAAGAUGACACAACUUGCCUUGUUGUUGAUAUCAUUCCAUCUGAUCAGUCCGUCCUACCUUCUUCUCCGAAGAAGAAUCAGAAUAAGUUGAGAUCACUUCUUUUCGGGAGGAGGUCACAGAACACUGUUGGUAAACUGAUGAACAGGCCUGCCUCUGUUGGAGCUGUGGAGGAACUUUUCGAAGAGGGCUCUGCAAUGCUUGAAGAAAGGUUGGGUAAAAACUUCCCAUCAAAAGCAAAUUCAGCGCCCUUUCGGUGCGCCAUAUGCCAAAUGGAUCAAACCCCAACUGAAGAUCUACCCGCCAAUUCGGGAACAUUCUUUUCACCCACAUCGAAGCCGUGGGAAGGCCCUUACCUUUGCUCCGACUGCAGGAGAAAGAAAGACGCCAUGGAGGGAAAACGCCCUAGCCGUGCAACGGUGUUGUCGAGGUGAAGAAAAAGCACUACUGGAAAUAUCUUUUAGUUCUUAUUCAUGGGAGUGUAACUAUCUUGUUGUUCUAGUGUGUUGUUGUUAUGUGUAAAGAGAGAGAAGGGCGAAUAAGCCGGUUUCUGUUCUUCGAAGGUUGUCAUUUCUAAUAUAUUGUUUGGUGAGACUAACUCCGAGAAAAAGGCCCUCUUCAUGUUUGUUGUAGCUUGACAACUAACCGGACCGCUAUGACAUUUGUAUGAAGAAUCAAUGUAAUAUUCAAUUAUUAUCGAGAAAAGAUCGUUUUGUUUGCCUAUG